AUGAUGACGGAGGCGCCGUCAGUGGAGGUCAAGGCCCCAACAAACCUCCCACGGACGAUUCCCUUCUGGCGACUAGUCACUGAACCCGGUGUGGUCACGCAGGAAGUGGUAGAUCACACCUAUGCGGGCUCCGGCACCGAGGAGGAUCCCUACGUGGUGCAGUGGAUGCCCAAGGAUUUUCGGAACCCUUUGGAGCUGGGGACUGUGAUGAAAUGGUCCAUCACCAUGGUAGCUGCCCUCGAGACCCUGGUGGUUGCUCUGGUUUCCUCGGCCUACACUGGUGGUAUUGUGCAGAUUGAAGAGCAGUUCCUCGUCACCACCGAAGUUGCCACCUUGGGUGUUUCUCUGUACGUGCUGGGCUUUGCCUUGGGUCCUUUGAUCUGGGCCCCGAUGAGUGAGAUGUUUGGUCGUCAGAAGGUCUUCAUAGGAACCUAUUGUGGCCUAACCGUCUUCUGCGCCGCUACAAUCGGUGCCAAAAACAUCCAGUCCUUAUUGAUCUUCCGCUUCUUGGCCGGUGCCUUUGGCUCCUCUCCUUUCACCAACUCCGGUGGGGUGAUCGCCGAUAUGUUUGCGGCUCGGGAGAGAGGCCUGGCUCUAUCCGCCUUUGCUCUGGCUCCCUUUCUAGGUCCGGUCAUCGGGCCGAUCGUGGGCGGGUUCUUGGGCAUGGAGGCCGGAUGGAAGUGGGUGAUGGGCUUGUUGACCAUUCUCUGUGGCAUCAUGUGGUUCAUCGGCGCUGCAUUCAAGCCGGAGACCUAUGCCCCGGUUCUUCUUCGCCAGCGUGCGCUCACGCUUUCGAAACUCACCGGCAAGUUGUAUAUCAGCAAGCUAGACUUGGACGAUGGUCGACCGGCCCUGAAGGAGGCCCUGAAGACAUCUUUGUCACGACCCUUCAUCCUGCUCUUCUGUGAGCCUAUUGUACUCCUGCUGUCGAUCUACCUCGCGAUCAUCUAUGGAACGCUCUAUAUGCUCUUCGGUGCUUUCCCUAUUGUGUAUGAACUCCACCGAGGUUGGAACCAAGGUGUCUCUGGCCUGGCCUUUUUGGGUGUGAUGGUGGGAAUGCUGGGCGCCAUUGCCUAUUCGAUUCCUGAAAACACUCGGUACGGAAAGCUGCUGGCGAAGAACGGAGGCUAUUCGCCGCCGGAAUCUCGUCUUCCUCCGUGUAUGCUGGCCUCGAUUGCUCUGCCUGUUGGACUCUUCUGGUUUGCUUGGACCAACUCUCCUUCUGUCCAUUGGAUGGCCAGUAUCGCGGCAGGCGUGCCUUUCGGUUUCGGCAUGGUCCUGGUCUUUCUCAGCGUCUUCAAUUACUUGAUUGAUGCCUAUACUAUCUUUGCCGCAUCUGUGCUGGCGGCCAAUUCUUUACUCCGGUCUUUAUUCGGUUUCGCUUUCCCUCUGUUCACCACCUACAUGUUCCAGAACCUUGGCAUCCACUGGGCGGCAUCGGUACCGGCUUUCCUGGCUUUGGCCUGCGUGCCAUUCCCAUUCAUCCUCUACAAAAAGGGCCUUGCCAUUCGCAAAUAUUGCAAGUACUCUGCGCAGUCUGAAGCAUUUGUUCAGAGUCUACUGCGGGCCAGUGCUCCCGCAGCGGAACUCGAAGUCGAUGACUCAACCAUGAGUGAACAAGCGGCAACCCGCGUGCCUUCGAGGGAUCUGACAGGUUCUGAAGAAGCCGCUCUGCAAAAAGAGAGCGCUCACGAGGUACACUCGAUGCACCGAUCACUCUCGCGCGCAUCAACCCACGCAGCCGAGUUGCAACGUGUGCCGACCUAUGAGGCAAACCCCUAUAAUAUUGAUCGCGUGCAUACUCGUGAAUCCUUUAAAUAG